AUGGAGACUGGCGUUCCGCAAGCCGCCGCGCCGGGUGCGCCCACGGCCUCUCCGGCCGCGAAUGGGAACGUGGCCUCCGAUCCCUCGCCCCAGCGUGAAGGACACGGCGAGACCGCCCAACUUCGUGACCAGGGACGACAUCCUCCAGAUGCAGGACGUGCGGAUCAGAAUGAUGCUGCGCGGGGAGGAGGCAGAGGUGGUCGAGGAGGUCGUCCGGGCAAGAAGAGAGAUAUGGGGAGGAAGGAGUGGGCUAAGAACAAAGUAGACAAGCGGCAGCGGAACGAGGAUGAACAGGCCGCGAAGCGGCAACGGCUCGACCGAGGCGAAUCCGAACUACCCAUCUAUGCGACCAAAUUUAGCGACGAAGUACUCGCCGCUGAGGAGAGACGGCCGAAGAAGAAGGUCGCCGUGCUGAUCGGAUAUGCCGGCACAGGCUACAAAGGAAUGCAGCUGACGCACGAUCAAAAGACCAUCGAGGGCGACCUCUUCCAAGCGUUCGUGGCUGCGGGAGCCAUUUCCAAGGCCAACGCCGACGAUCCCAAGAAAUCGUCCUUUGUCAGAUGCGCGCGGACGGACAAGGGCGUCCAUGCCGCCGGCAACGUCAUCUCGCUCAAAUUGAUCGUCGAAGACGACGAUGUGGUGGAGAAGAUCAAUCAAAACCUGGCGCCGCAGAUCCGAGUAUGGGGGUUUGAACGGACGAAUAACGCUUUCAGUGCCUACCAGCUGGUGGACUCGAGGAUAUACGAGUAUUUGAUCCCCACACACAGUUUCCUACCGCCACAUCCGACCAGUUUCCUGGGCCGAAAUUGCGACGAGUGGGCCGAGAAGAAGGGAGACCAAGAAGAAUACAGGAAGAGACAAGAAGAGGUCUUGGGGUAUUGGGAGAAGGUAGACGAAGAGAUGAUCAAGCCCAUUCUCGCAGAGUAUGAUCCAGAAAUCCAAGAUAUACUGGAGAAGGCUUUAUGGAUGAAAGGAAUUGAACCUGCUGGAGGCGAGGCAGCUGUGGCCGACCCAUCUGAUACUGAAAUUGCCGACAAGGGGCUUGAGCCCGAGCUGGCAAAGAAUACUUCCGCAGGCGAGACCGUGGACAAAGAUGAUACCAUGCAGGCUGACGCAUCCACGAAGACUUCAUCGGACACGACCGAGAAACCCAAGACCUCGCGCCGUCAAAUCCUGGACGAAGCCGUGAAACGUCUCCGACAAGCCUAUAUCACCGCGAAACGCGCCUAUCGUAUCCCUCCCGAGCGGCUCGACCGCAUCCAAGAUACACUAGACCUCUUUGUCGGCACCCGAAACUACCACAAUUACACGGUUCAAAAGACGUAUAAAGAUCCCAGCGCCAAGCGCGUGAUAAAAUCCUUCGUCGUCAACAAGACGCCCAUUCUCAUCAACGGCACAGAGUGGUUGAGCAUGAAAGUCCACGGCCAGAGCUUCAUGAUGCACCAGAUCCGCAAGAUGGUCGGCAUGGUAGCGCUCGUGGUGCGUUGCGGAUGCGAUCCGAACCGACUGCGGGAGAGUAUGGGUCCCGCUCGACUCUCCAUCCCCAAAGCCCCCAGUCUGGGACUCCUGCUCGAACGACCGGUCUUUGACUCGUACAACAAGCGCGCGAAGGACAGCCUGGGUAAAGAACCCAUUGAUUUUGACCGGUACAAAACCGAGAUGGAUCAGUUCAAGCAAGAACAGAUCUACGAGCGUAUGUAUCGUGACGAGGAAAAAGAGAACGUCUUUGGAAACUUCUUCAAUCAUGUGGAUAACUUUCCUAGCGAGACGUUCUUGUUCGUCACGAGUGGUGGAAUUGAGGCCACGACCAUGAAGCCGCUGGUUGGAUGGGUCGAGAAAGGUCAAGAUGACAAGAAAUUGGAAGACGCUCUGGUGGAGAAGGAGAUGAACAUCGAUGCCGAGGAUGGGGACAGCGAUGUCGAUGAUGUCAAGGAUGAGCAUGGGAAUGAGGGAUAA